AUGGCGCUGAAUUUGCUGACAAAGACCCUCGUGGCAUCCUUUUGUGGCGCGGCGCUCGCACAAGGCGAUGUUGCCCAGGAGCUGCUCCAGGAUGACGAUGUCUGCAAUGCGGGCGAGGCGUGUGACCUCUCUCUUCGACAGCUUCGAGGUCUGGCGAUCGUGGAAAACGCCAGCAACGCGAGUGGCGAGGAAAAAGAUGCCCUGGGCUCGGCAUGGGGCAGCUGCAAGUCUUACGGCUGCCCCUCGUCUUACCAUCCUUCGCACCACUGCCAAUGCAACCGCAAGUGCGAGAACUACGGCAACUGCUGCGCCGACAUCGCCAGCUGUAGCGCACCGUCUCCCCCUGCAGAGCUUCCCGCAGGAGGCGGUGCCCGCAUCAGGCCUGGGCAAGUGGCCGGCCAUCCAGACCCUAGCAAGACGUACCCUUCGUAUCCAGGAUUUACUUUGGCCCUGGUAGAAGAGUUCGACAGCCCGCUCGACCUCGACAAUGAUCCCAUCUGGACCUGGUCCGAUGGCGGCCUUUACGAGGGCGACGUGCGCUUCGUGAAAGAGCAGAUCAAGUUCGAGGACGGAAAGAUGAAGAUCACGGCGGCCCCAAAUCCGGGCAUCGCGACACAGGCCUGCUCACAUGCUGAGGUUGGUACCGUCGCAAACAAGCCGUUGGUGAGUGGUGAGUUCCGCUCUCGGAGGAACACCUUCAGAUAUGGUCGCUACGAGGUGCGCAUGAAGGCGCCAGAAGUGCAGCCAGGAAAUGCUGACAUCGAUGGGAACUUCAUCGCCACGAUGUUCAUCUUCAGGGAUGCCAAGUUCCGGCACUGGCGGGAGAUUGACAUUGAAGUCACAGGGGAUGCCCCCAACUCCGUGACGACGAACGUGCUCCGCGCCGACAACACCGAGUGGUGGAGCCCACGGAUCGCAGCAUCUAAAGAGAGUCACGUGCAGGGCAAUGCCAGAGCUGAGUUCCACACCUAUGGCUUCGAGUGGUUGCCCGACCGAGUGACCUGGUACAUCGACGGGAGAGCCGUGAGGAGCCACUACGGCGGACACCCGCCGAUCCCGGACAAGUCGGCGAAGGUCAUGAUGAACUUGUGGAUCUUCGGGCCCAAGGCCAACUUCGGCGGAAAGCAGAUCCGCAACAACCGCUAUCCCAUGACCAACGAGUACGACUGGUUCCGCUUCUACAAGUGGGACGGCGAGACCACCUACCCAUGCGCCGGCUUCUCCUCGUCGUGCCUCUCCAGCGAUGACACGUAUCUGGAUGGAAACAACCCUUGCGAUGGCCAACCCAUGGUCGGAUCCUGGCAUGGCAAGACAGCCUGCGCCGCAUCCUGCCGAUAG